UAUUCUUAUAUAGAGAGGAUACAGAUUUAAGGGUUAUUCUUAUCUGAAAAUUGCUACUGAAUAUUGAUGGAGCAGGAGGUGGAAGAAUUAGAGUCUCAAACUAAUCACAAAGCAACACUGCAGGAGGAAGCACCUGAAAUCUUUCACAAGACAAAUCCUCCAGUGACUCUCAAGUUCCAUGAUGUUAUCUAUAAAAUUAAGAUCACAAAGUGGGGAUUGCUUAAGAACACAAAGGCAGAAGAGAAAGUAAUACUGAAUGGGGUGACAGGCAUGGUUCAACCUGGUGAAGUCCUAGCCAUGUUAGGUCCAUCUGGAAGUGGCAAAACAACUUUGCUAUCAGCUUUGGGAGGAAGGCUUGGAGGGAAACUCUAUGGAACCAUAACUUACAAUGGCAAAGCCUUCUCAAAUGCAAUGAAAAGGAGCACUGGUUUUGUCACACAAGAUGAUGUUCUCUAUCCCCACUUAACUGUGACAGAAACUCUAGUGUUCACUGCCCUUCUCAGACUGCCAAAUAGUUUCACCAAAAAGGAGAAAAUUGUGCAUGCAAAUUCUGUGAUAGCUCAACUUGGUUUAACCAGGUGCAAGGAUAGCAUCAUUGGAGGGCCACUACUAAGAGGGGUUUCAGGAGGGGAGAGGAAAAGGGUUAGCAUUGGACAAGAAAUGCUCAUAAACCCAAGCUUGUUGUUCCUUGAUGAACCAACCUCUGGCUUGGACUCAACAACAGCUAAAAGGAUUGUGUCAACUUUGUGGGAGCUAGCAAAUGGAGGGAGAACCAUUGUGAUGACCAUACAUCAACCUUCUAGUAGGGUGUACUACAUGUUUCACAGGGUGUUGCUGCUUUCAGAAGGGAACCUAUUGUAUUUUGGAAAAGGGUCUGAAGCUAUGGAAUAUUUUACUAAUAUUGGAUUUGUCCCUACCAUGGCCAUGAACCCCUCAGACUUCCUUUUGGAUCUAGCAAAUGGUGUCUACACUGAUCAAUCGAAUGAGGACCAUGCCUUAAACAAGCAUAAGUUGAUUUAUGCAUAUAGGACCUACUUCGAUGCCAAAUUGAAACCGGUACUUCAUGAAAUUACUGACUAUGAUAAGAGUGAGGGUAGAUUUGAAGACAAUGACUUUGGUGAAUGGCCUACCAGUUGGUUGCAGCAAUUUCUUGUGCUGCUAAAACGACAUGUCAAAGAGAGAAAGUAUGAAUCAUUCUCUGGUUUGCGGAUUUGUCAGGUCCUCAUUGUUGCUCUUAUUGCAGGAUCAAUGUGGUAUAAGUGUGAUAUUUCACACUUGCAGGAUCAGAUUGGGCUUCUAUUCUUCCUUACUGGCUUCUGGUGUGGCAUGCCUCUCUACCAAGCAAUAUUCACCUUCCCACCAGAGCUAAUGAUGCUGCAGAAGGAACGAUCCUCUGGAAUGUACAGGCUCUCUUCAUAUUUCAUGUCAAGGAUGGUGAGUGACCUUCCAAUGGAGCUUGUGCUUCCCACCAUAUUCCUCACCAUAACCUAUUGGAUGGCAGGGUUGAAGCACAAUGUCACCAACUUCUUAUACACACUCUUCAGUGUUCUACUCAAUGUGUUAACUUCACAAGGGCUAGGCCUUGCAAUUGGUGCUAUUGUAAUGGACCAGAAAUCCGCAACCACACUGGCCUCGGUGAUUGUGCUAACUUCUGUUCUGGUUGGUGGAUACUAUGUUCAACAUGUGCCAAAGUUUAUGGCAUGGCUGAAAUACUUUUCCAUCAACUACUACAUAUACCAUCUCUUGAUGGGGUCUCAGUAUGAGUCUAGUGGCACAUACCCAUGUUCUAGUGGUAAGUGUUUAAUAGCAGAAUAUCCUAUGAUUAAGCAAAUGGGGCUGCAUUUACAAGGGCAACUCACUGCUGCAUUGGCUCUGUUCAUAAUGCUAAUAGGCUACAGACUUGUGGCUUAUUGUGCUCUUAUGAGGAUUGGGGUGACAAAGAAAUUGGAGUAGUACAUUUCUCUUUGAUUCUAAUGUAGUAUUACUUGUUUUUAUUGAGACAUUUCUUGGUGUUCUUUUGGAGAAUCUACAUCUAUAUGCAUAAGGAAGUAGCUAAUCCAUAUAAACUUUUAGUAGCU